AUGGAACGUGGUGAAGGUAUGGUCGCUGUGGUUCGCGGUCUUAAGGACUCUGGGCUGGCUGUCACUUUGUUGGACGGAACAAGACAGUAUACGUUGCAGCCCAACUCCUGUGCAACACCUCACAUGAGCUAUACAACGGCAGCACAAUGCAACGACGCAGUGCGCAGCGAAAGUGGCGUGCAAGCAACAGAUGGGAGAUACGCAAGCACUUACAAAACAAUGCACUGCCACGUGAAACCAACGUCACCGCAAACGGAAGUAACUGAGUUUCCACCUCAAAGAGCUGAACUUCGUCCUGGUCAGGGGAACUUCGAGAUCGGAGGGAGUGGUAGUGGUGAGAGAUACCAAGCGAAGAAAUCAAAUAACUACAGAGGCGGAUUAAGUUGGCCCGAUCAAGGAUCAGUAUUUGCGUCUAGGCCGUCACUGCAGCCGGACUCGUUUGCCAGUUCCCUUCGGAAGUAUCCCAGCAUGUCUCCGGAAAGAUCUUCGGAGGUUAUGGAGCGACUGAUUUCCUUCGCUCAUAACAAAAGUUCAAUAAAAGUUAAGUCGCCAUCACCAACACGCACUAUGGAAUCCGAGUCUUUCAACCCUAACAUUUGUUUGGAAUCUUUGAGGAAUGCCAGUCCGACAAGAAUUCACAAGACCAAUGACCUUGAUAUCAAUCUUCAAAGUCAUAGAAGGGUUGAAGAGUCACCAACGAGAGAUAGAACACGAAGAAUUGGUGAAUGCGAUGAUUCUUGGAACCGUGGCAUCUACGCUAGAAGCCAUGACGUCAGGUACCUAAAAGAAGUAACAAAGGUUGUCAAAGAUGGAUUACGCGGCACGAUUCUAAAUGUGAAUCACCCGGAGAGGCACACAGGGAGGCAUGAAAACUCAUCCCCAGUAAGACGAACCCAACCUCAAAAGAGUUGCAACUCAGUGAAUAUGGAAAUACAAGCCGCGGUGCAAAUGGUGUCCAGGGAAGUUGUAACAUUACCCAGAGUCGUGCCAUUACAAAAAGAUGUGGCGGUUCCUUUGACCCCCACACCGUCAAGAUUAAUGCCAGAAACUCGAGGUGCAGUAUCAUUAAACCCAUCACAUGUCUUACAACAACCAUUUUCAAAAUCUUACGAAACCAAAUCAGAUAUACGUGGUAGGAUGAUAAGAUCCGAUGAUCAAUGUUUUCAAAAUCAUAUAAACAGACGGAGCAUUUCUGAUGAAGAAUUACGGCUAAGAAGAAAUAAAAGAGAAUUUUUACGUACAUUAAAAAAGGCGCAAAUUGAGUUGUCCAAAGCAAAAUGCAGACCUGGAAUAAGAAAUAAUUUAAAAACCGGAUCGAAACGCCAAGUCCUAAAAGAGCGCGACUGUUUAAGAAAUUCAAUUAGUACGAAAUAUCCCAAUAUUUAUUAUACAGAAAUAGCGUCAAAGAAAAUUGAUGAAGAUGAUUUGGCCGACCUGUUAGAAGAUUGGCUCAGUAUUAUACCCUUGAAACCAACUGACUACUUCGGUAGACCAAUCGAAAAGGAGUAUCUAUUUUAUGACCUUUUCGAAAGACUUAAAUUUACGGCAUAUAAUCUGCCAGAUCAUAAUAGGCGGGAGAAAUUGAAAGCGGACAUUAUUGAAUUACUAAACGAAUUUCCAGUAGAUUGCAAGGGAAAUAAACAACUUUAUUUUGGUAGGCUGGCAGAUAUACUCAUAGACAAAAUAAAAAGUCUCAGUAAAAGUGGUUGGGGCAAAAGAAGAACAGACCAAAACAGCUUAAAUAGUUUCUGUGAUUUUGCAAUGAACAGAUAUAUACCGCCAACAGAGAGUGAACUGCGGCGGUUCAUUACGAAUGAAAUCGAUUCUUUUGUGAAUAAAAUCGGCCCGACACUCGGUCGUUAUACUAAGUUAGGAUUAGCAGACGAGUUACUGGAUAUUAUGAUAGUCUAUAUGGAAAAUGUGCAUUCAAAUGACGAUCAAACUCUCAAGCAGGACGUAAUACAAAUCUUGUAUGAACAUGGCUUUGCAGAUCAUGAAGCUUGUCGCUUUGCAAACAUUUUUUUGAAGCAUUUAAAAGAAGUAUUUUUAAAUGAACUAGAUAUAGCAAAGGUAAAAUCCGAAACACUUAUUGUUCUACCAUCUUUGCAAAGCACUCAGACAUCGACGCGACCGUUUGUACAGGGUUCAACUCAUGAUGUCAAUUCUAAAAUAGAAGAUUACACAAAACAACUACGUGAACAAAUAAAUGAAUGGUUAACAUCAAUCCAAAAUCUUUUACCUAGGAUUCACGAAAGAGGCUUUAGAGAAGUAGUUGUCAAUGAUUUAGCGGGGGAUAUAAUCGAUCGUUUUAAGUAUUUAGAAAUCAAUCCAACAAGCAAAGGCUCAGAUGAAUCGGAACUGGAACAUUUGAAAUAUCAAAUAUUUAAAUGGAUUAAUAAGCUCUCAGAUGAAGAUACAUUGGAACCGAGUGAACAUGCUUCUGAUUUAAUGCAAAGAAUCCAAAGUAUUCCUGUGCCAAUUUUGUCACGACCACACACUCGAGCGUCUAGAGUUAACUACGAAUCAUGUCCAACAGAUUCUUGUAGAAUGCAAAGUAUUGAACCAUACCGUAAUAAUGUUACAGUAAAAACUGCAAGCAUUUUUGAACAAUCGUGUAGUCCGUCAUGUAGCCAAAGAGGUAAGAAAAUUGAAGAAAUAUCACCAACUGCUGAGAAAAUAAAUAAUGAAUACGAGGAAUUUGUUAAAGCAUGGGUUAAAAAAAUACCAAUUUCAUCGUCUACACCUGAUGAAGAAGCGUUAGCAGAAAAGGCUAGAUUAGGUAUUAAAAAUGGUAUAUGGAAAGCAAUAACAAAGUUUAAGUGUGACCCAUCGAUAAUCGGUAAUCGAUUCUUUUUAGAAGACCUCUUAGAAGAUGAAAUAGAUGAACUUUUAAACUGUCUACCGCAAACACCUGAACUUCAAUCAACAAAAAAUUCACUAAAAUUAGAAUUGAUUAAUAAAACUACUGAAAUAAUUGAACGGGUAAAAGCAGAAACUGCAAAGAACUAUAGACAAAAACUGCAGCAAAAUAUAAGCGGAUGUUUAGAAAAAGAAGGUUUAAUUGCUAUAUUGGACGAUUCAGAGAAAGCUAGAGAAGAAUUAGAAAUAAUUAGAAUUGUUGAACUAUUUAUUUUACAAACAAACUCUAAAGAAUAUGAUGUGGUUAAAUCAGAAGUAUACAAAAAGAGACUACAACAACAAGCUAAAAAAUUAAUCGAUAACAUAAAGAAGACUCAUCAAGGCGAAACAAACUUCAACUAUGCUAAAAUAGUCACUGACCUAGUGAAUUCACUGCAACAAGUUCCUUUACCGGGUAAUGACACAAUAAAGGAUGAAGUAGAUAACGUUCUACUUGAAUUUGAAAUAGAAAACUGGUUCAAGGAUUUGCCUAUUUGCCGUGACUACAACGAUCCUGUUGAUUUACUACAAUGGAAGAAGAAGACAAAUAAUUUGGCUCAACAAAUAGGUGAUUUAAAGAAAAACGUAACUUCCAACGAUGUUUUUGAGAAGAGUAUUAAAAACCUGGUAUCAAAUUUUAUAGAUAGCACUCCUAUGAAAGUAGAUGAGAUGAUAAACAAAAACUUCAUGAUAGAAGAACUGCUUAAUAGAAUUAAAAACAUUGAUCAGUCUAAACAUGUAGCUUUUAAUGAACUUGAAGGAUAUGAAGACUUCUGCAAAGACGUCCCGCCGAGUUCUAGUUUUAACAAAUUUCUACAAUUUAAGCCGGGCGAUAAGUCAGAGCCUGUGAAUUAUGAUGCUUUUGUUGAAAGGCAACCCCCAAGUUCGUCCUUUAAAAGUGACAAAGAGAACUCGUUUUUUAUGGCAGAUAUGCCAAGUAGCAGUCGAAUGGACUCGGUAAGUUAUAAAGACUUUUCGGCAGCAAAACCAAAAAGCUCUAGCUUCACAGAAACGCCGAAUGAACGAAUUCAUAACUUACAAAACAGCAGAUCUCAACUACCACAUAUAAAUAUUCAACCAGGAACGCCCGAAUGCUGUAAAAUACGGCAACCAAAUUCACUUCCGCCCUGUUGUAAAAAGCAAAACACACAGAGAUCAGAAUAUUUAGAUGGUCCAUCUAGUAAGGCACAAAAUGACUUUCCCGAAGCAGGCAGAACACAAAAACCAUCGCUUACUAGGUCACAAGGUAUCGUUUUUAAGGACUCAGAUCAAAUAAGUCAGAACGCACCUCGACCAAACAAUGCGCAAAGAAUUUCACAAGUAUCCAAUACGGGCACGUGUUCUGCAGAAUGUCAGACAGUUAAGCGUUCAGUACUACCCGAUAAUGAAAUAGGUGAUAUAGUAGUAAGCGAUGAUGGUGAACAUCGAAAUAUAGGGACUAAUACGCCCAAAUGGAGGAAAAGACCGAAUAUCGACGUAGAGAGAAAAUAUGUGGAUGCAGAUGAUUCAGAAGAAGACGGACUGCGGUCUAAAGAUAUGCCAAAGGAAGUCACUGAUACCAAAAACGAUAACGCAAUGAAUAUUAAUCCCAAUUCAAGUGCAGCAAUUAACAAAAAAUCUAUUCAUAAUUAUAAUAUACUUCAAAAUAAUAACUCGAAUCUACCAUUGGAGUCAACACAAAGAGCAAAGGAAAGAAAGAACAAAAUUCUAAACUGGAUCCACGAUAUAUUCCACGAUAAGCCCAAAAGAAAAUUAUGGAACAAGAGGCUCAUGAAACUAGUAGAAAAAUUAAAUACACCAGAGGGUGAACAAACAUUUCGCAAACGUAUUUAUACUAUACUUGAAUACAUAGAUUUCGAAAAUAAAUUGGAAGAUAAAGAUAAGUUUUACGCCGUCAACUACGUGACCGAUAUUAUUAAACAGCUUUUUUUUAAUGAUAAAACAUUAAAUUUAAAUAUUUAUCGUUUGAGGACAUCAAACGCCAAACUCAAAACUGAAUCUUUAAUCUCUAUAACAAAAGAUUGGCUAUAUAGCUUGCCUCUAAAAGACAUGGACUGUUUUGAUAGAAAAGUCGAUAAAAGUAGCCUCAUAAAUAUUGCUACAAAAAACUUGCUUCAAGGAAUAAGCGACAUAAAUAAAAUCAGAUUGCAUAAUUUUAAAGAUAACAUUUUAAACGCCAUAUCAGACAUACCAAUUGAUGUAAACUUUCGAAAUAAGACUACAUUUUUGAAUAAAGAAGUUAACAAAUUAAUUGCACUACUUCUUCACUCUGACAGUACAAGACAUCAUUUACUUUAUACAAUAUCAGAGUCGCGGAAAAAAGUACCUCAAGAAGGUACCAAAGUAUACGAGGAUCAUAUUAUCAAUGAGAAUGUAACGUCAGCAAUCUUAAAGGAAAUAACUCAAAUAUUUGAAAGGUCGUGCCUGUCGUUGGGAAAAGUACAAACUGAAUUCAUAAAACUAAAAAUAUUUAAUCGAAUAUUGACUACGUUCAAAUGCGUUGCGAUACGGAAGAUUAAUUUGAAAGACGACAUUUUUAGUACAUUAAGCGAUGAUGGGAACUUAAGUGAUUGGGAAGCAAGAAAGUAUACACAUAUUAUCAUGGACCGUUUAAAUGUCUUGUUUAAUAAACUCACUGACACACCUUGUUGGAUAAAGCUUAUAUUUAAGGCGUGUAAUUCUGAUACAGGCCUAGUUAGAAGUAAGGAAAUGGAUAGAAAGAACUUCCAUUACGAUGAUUCCCAAUUUCAACAUCAAUUAACAAACAUAGUUAAAGAUUGGAUGUGGGGUUUUAAACAUCAAAUACCUAGACUAAAUGAUGACGGGUUUAUUGAUAACGCUGCUAAAGAUUUGUCACAUUCAGUGACAGCGAGGCAAAGGUUUUUACAAAUAUACCCUCGCAAAGUUACCCCUCAAGCUGAAAGUGAAUUUCUCAAGUAUCUUGUAUUCAUUUGGAUUAAAAAAGUAUUUGGAUUCGAAAAAUACGAGCCGUUGAAGUAUUCCAAUGUGCUUUUAAAUAAAAUAAUUCUAUUGAGCAGUAAAAAAAUCUCUAAUAUCGUCGAAGGUGAAAAAGAUCAUGAAAAAACCGUCGAACCCUUUUCGAAAUGUUCCGCUUCAAGUAUUGUGGAACUUAAAAAGUCAGUUAUGGGAUUCUCAAGUACUCUACGUCCACCAAAUGGGCCGUAUGCAAAUACUUUAGUGAAUUUUGCAAAUACAUCUUUUAAAACAAUUUUUACACCCACAAACGAAGAAGAAAGAAAAAUUAAAGCAGAGUCAAGCCAGGCUGAGCAGGAACGAUUAAUCAAAGUCGACUCGACUUGUGAUCAUGUUGACUACUAUAACGCUUGCCUUUCUACCACAAUGGAUGAUAAUCACGUUCAUGAAUUUAUGCCUAUUCAAUUUAUCUAUAAUCAUUAUAAUGUAAUUUUUUACAAACAUGCUCGAGAACUUCUCGUCGAUUCCUUCCUUUAUGAUGAAAAAUUAAUUGAUAAGCUGGUAUACAGCAUAGUUAAUAAAAUCUGGAAAAUCUAUUAUUUACUUAUCUCAGAUCCUGAAACAUAUAGUAAUGACUUUAAGAUGUUGUUUGAAAAUAAAUUAAUGGAGACUAUGAAAUAUGACACAUUCAAGUUAGACCUGAAAGAGGAUUGGAAGAAGACAUUAACAUUGCAUGUUAAUAAAAUGUUUAAAUACACUUGUAAAGAACAAAGUAUAUGUAUGCUAAGAAUAACAUUUAAAGAAGUAAUUUACAAGGACUUGGGUAUAACUGGUAAAGAAAAGCAAGACUUUUUAAUCAUGAAGGUGUUAGACAAUCUAAUACUUCACUACAAUUUUAUGAAUAAAGAACCUUUCAAAGCGUAUAUUUAUAAACAACAGUUCGUCGAAUCUUUAAAUCAGAUUAUAAAUAACAUUAAUCAUCUAUCCAAAGUACAAAAUGUGGAUAAGAUACAAAGAAAGAUAUUUAGUAUACCGGAAAGGAUCGGGUUUCAUUCCAAAAAUAUAAGCCCUGAGGCUCAAGUGAUUCUUCUACGAAAUCAAUUUGAGGCUUGGUUCAAAACAUUACCACUAAAGUGCAAUACAGAAUGUGAAAAUGAAUUGUCUCGCUACCAAACAAUGACUAUAUUAGCCAAGAACAUUUACGUGAUAUCAAAAAUGUUCAACAAUAAGAAUUCGAUUGAAAGGGAAAUUGAAAAGGAAGUUAUCAAUUUCCUACAAGCAGAAGUACAUAAUGGGUCUGAAAUAAAUACUUACUCUGUAGUCAAAAACUUACUCAAUAAAAUGAAACAAGAAGGCAGCUCGAAGUUUUGUAAAAAAGCUGGUUCUAAAUACUUUUCUAUGAAAGCGCAAGGUGAAGCGUCAUCGGAUAGCAUCUUGUCAAGGAAAUCAGAAUCGCGUGUUAGAUUUGCAGAUUGUUACUCGCAGUGCAGUAAUUCUACGAUGAAUACCAAAGUCAAACCGAUUAAGAAAACGAGUAUAUUAAAGAAAUGCACAAAAUUUAAAGAUUCAGAUUUUAAGGAACAUAAGCGCAAAAAGCACUGCCACUGCGGUAAAGGUCACGUGAGAUGUAAAAACGAAUGCUCGACCUGCGCCGCAAUCAUCGGUAAUAAAAUAACGAGAUAUCAAGAAAACAUCACUUUAGACAGUAAUAAUAAUGUUGUUACAAUAAUAAAGGAUGUUCCUGUGGGAGUGCAAGCGUAUUUGCCACUUUCCGAAGAAACGAAUACGGAACACUUGUUCUUACCUUGCAAUAGUAAAAGUUUGGAGUUCAAAAAUACAUUAGAUGCAAAGUCGAAAAGUCCAAUGGACGAUCAAAAAAAUGCUUUGGAAUUCAAAAAUACAUGCACGGACCUUACCCGUAUUAAAUACAAACCUAUGAUGAUUAAGGAUACCUGA